UGUAUGUUGCGGAUGACAAACCAAGAAAUGCUCGAUUGGACACUGCCAUAUUGGGUGUUGAGCCCACUGGCACCCACCUACUUAUUGAUUCAUCAUACAGUGAGCCCAGUCUCACCCAGUCCAAAUCAGCACCCUCAUGUAGCCCACCCAGUAGAACCCAAACAAACUGCUCUGAUGCAAUAGACACGCCCACUUUAACCCAUUCAGCUGUGAGGCCUUACUUAAUAGGCUCCUUCCCUAGUCAUCACGCGGAACUUCCUCCCAAUCCUAGGGAUUUAACUUCAAGGGUAACGACCGUCACAGAAUGGGUUUUGGGGCGCCAGUUUCUUCUGCUACCAGUCGUUUCAAUGUUCUUAACAGUACUCAGACCAAUAAGAUAUUUGAUUCCUGAUUCUAUCCGCGCAAAGCUGCUGAGUGGGGAGACUUGCCACGCCCCGUUCCACGCCCAGACUGGCACCCUACCCUACCAACCACCUACCGAUACCACCCUAGCCCUAACCACCAUGUCGGGUCAGUUGUGCUUCACCUCCCGUUACGGCCCCUUCAGCGAACGCUUGGAUGACGAGGUCACAUUCCAAACAUCGGCCGAGAAUCAAGGCAGUGAUCUUCAGGGUGUGGACAACUUAGCUUUCGAAUCGGAUCAACUGAUUGGAGACCAGAAUUUCAGUACCAGUGACACAACAAGGAAUAGCGCCACCUUUGCUUUCCAGUCGCACGUCAAUAAAGAUCGCAGCGGCAGUUCCGAGGAGAGUUUUAGCAGUCAGGAAUCUAUUCCGGAGAUAGUUCCUCUUGGCCAACCCUGGAGAGCUCUUGGUUGGUUCUUCAGUAGAACCAUCGUCAGCAUCAUCAUCUUAUUCCUGAUGACCGGGGCGUCGCUGGCCCUCGCUGGGGUCAGCGUCUUCGUUGUCGGCCCUACUCCAUACUUUGACAAAUCCCUCAACGCUUUCCAGAUCCCGAACCACGUUUCAACUCGUCGUCAGAUGGCUUUCGACCAGGCCAAGAAAGAUGACUUCAAAAACUUGCCCAAAAGAAGCGCCGAUAACCAAAUCGGCGAUGGUGACUAUCUGAAAUAUUGGGAUUCGAAUGACGGUAAUGACAUAUUCAACUCACUGCUACGCAAAACCAAUUCUGAAAUAUCAGGAAUCCCCCAAGCAAACAGUAAUUCAUAUUAUGCCAAACAAAAAACAGAUUUAUUUAUUAACGAUAAUGAAGACCAGCCAAACAAUGCCGCAAGACCCAAGAGAGGGUUGGAUGAAGGCGAGACUUCUCACACUCGUCAGAGGAGAUCUGCGCAUCGAUAUCGCUCUAUGAGAUGGCGCAUACAACUCGUCUACAUUGCCGAGGGAGAUGAUAAAAACAUCUUCACUAAGGAACGUCUGGAGACGAUACACAACAUUGAGAUGUCUAUCAUGAACCAUCCAAACUUUACUUUCUUCUGUUCCCGUAACCCACGAUCCUUCGGUGACGCAGCCCUGGCACCAUACAAUCACUGUAUCCCACCAAAUUCAUUGAUGACAUAUUUCUACCCAUCUGAGGUCGAUUCAAAGAUCAUCUACGAUGGCGUAGGGACGGAGCUGGCUGAUAUUAACGGAACUCUAGCUCACGCCAUGACAGAGACUACCUUCUACUGGUACGUGGACACCAGCAUGAACACUAAAAACAGACGCAGCAAGUUUCUACGCAGUGAGGUGUGGUUUGGAGGACCAAUUGGUGAAAUUCCAAACACUCUUUCAAGAGAUGAGGUCUCCCAGUUGUACAAGGAUUUUGUAAUCACAUACAUCGACCUUCUGAACAAUGCAUCAACUGAUAAAGUACGUGUUCUCUACGGUGGAACUCAACUCUUUGACUACGAAGUGUCACAAACCAUCUCCCAUGACCUCAGCCUUGCAAUACCUACAGGCGUGGCCAUUUUCCUCUUGCUCUUCAUCCUGACGUCCUUCUCCGUCUGGCUAACCAUCUGGGGUUUUGCCAGCAUCCUCCUCAGCUUCGCUUGGGCGUACUUCAUUUAUCACGUUGCCUUCGGGAAAGCCGCCCUGGGCCUGCUGAAUCUGGUCUCAGCGUUUGUCAUCAUCGGCAUCGGUGUAGACGACGUGUUUGUCUUUGUCAACACUUUCCUCCAGGCAGACCACUACAAGGACCCCAUCCAGCGGAUGGCACACACCAUUAAAACGGCAGGCAUAGCAACCUUCUUUACUUCAUUCACGACUGCCGGAGCCUUCGCUGCAAACAUCGCCUCUCAGAUACCAGCCAUCAAUGACUUUGGCCUGUUCAUGUGUCUAAUCGUCAGCUUCUGUUGGCUUCUAGUCGUCCUUAUCAUGCCAUGUGCUCUUACUCUCUGGCAUCGUUGCUUCCAUUGUGAAGCCUUUAUAUUUGGUCGGUGUGUACGAGGUAAAAACGACCCUGCAGCCGCAAUGGCAAACCUGUCCCGCGUUCUAGCACGCCAUGAGAGGCAAGCCACCCAGCAGCUAGCUUCGGAAGAGGGUGGGGAUGAACAGAGCAGCCAGGAGGGAGGUAGGGAGGAGGGAAGCGGUCUGAGGGCGACUCGAGGAGAUGACAACGAUAUACCCCUGCUGGACCUAGAGGAAUUAAACAACACUCAGAACCUUUUGAUUGAAGACGAUGAACCUCUUAUUCUAACCAAUGACGAUGAGGUUCUCUCGUCUUUUCCUUCCGCGUCUACUCCUACUAAGCAGACUCGUGGUAUUACCAAGACACUCCAAAGUAUCCUCUAUAACUGUGUUGCUACCCCUGUCAUUAAAGGACGAUGGAUUGUGGUCCUUGGUUAUCUGGUCAUCUUUGGCGUCUCCCUGGGCCUGGUUGUCCAAAUCAACCCUGCCAAUCGACCUCCCGCCCUCUACAACCCGGACACAAACCUCCAACAGCUCUUGGACUUGGCAUACAACUUCAGCGGUUCGGAUAUCGCCUGUCGGUCCUGCUCAGGAUUCUCGUCUAACGGGGCGCCCAGUCCCCAUGGCAACGGCCCGGUGACAUUGCCAGUGGUGAUUCCAGUCCCGACAAGACGCCCUCCGUCAUCGGCACCCCAACACGGUGGUGUCAUCACUACGACAACAAAGGUGACCCCACGUCCCCCAGCUGACACCCUCUCUCCUGACAUCUCAAAUCCACCUGGUGUUUCUUUUGGAUUGACCACAGAGCUUGGACAAGUCAUUACUGCUGCACUUACAGUAGGCAUCCGGCUAACAUGUGCCGAAGUUGGCCCAACCUGUGAGUUCGGUAGUACUUGUGAUGAGGGUGACGCUACAUCGGAACCAGUCUGUCGAUGUAUCUUCCACUGUACCACUGACUCUUAUCCUGUGUGUGGCAGCAACGGACAGACCUACAUUAACCUCUGUGAUCUACGGGCGAGUGGAUGUAUCAACAAACAGAUUAUUCAUCAAGCUCACUCGGGAGCCUGCGACAAUUCGCCUUCACCGGACAGUGGCCAUCCAGACACACACGGGCAAACCACCAGACCCAGCAGCCAAGGUGGGGCUAGCUACCCCCAGGGUGGGGAUACCUCCCAAGGGGGUGGGGAGGAACAUGCAAACUCACCACACUCCGGUUUCAACCCUUGUGCGGGGGGUUCUUGUGGGAAACCUGCGGUCCGGCCGGCACUGGACAACCUCGCGUUGGUCUACGUGGUGUUUGGGAUCGACCACAUUGAUAUGAGUGAGGUAUCAACAGAGCAUGUUGUAGCUGAGGAGGAGGGGCAAGUCGUUUACGAUAACGACUUCAACAUCCUGAGUGAAGACACCCUAAGAGCGUUGUGUAAGAUCUGCAAGAAUGUAGCCGCUAGAACGGAGCUGGUUGAAGAGGGUGGAGCGCAGUGCUUCCCUGAUGCUUUCUCCAGUUACGUCAACGCAAUCAAGAUCAAGUAUGAAGAGUGUAGAGAUCUGCCGGUACCCAACCUUCUGGCUGGUACCCGCUCCAAGAGCCUUGUAUACAAGAGUGGCAGCAGGGUUGUCUGGUUUGCAAUGGCUUUCCAAUCGAAAACCUUUAUGGGUCAGUCGUCCUUUGAGUCCUACAAGGAUUAUAAUAAAUGGGAGGAAGUGAUGAAGGAUGAGGUUGAUGGUUUGACGGAGGAGGAGAAGGUCGGCCUCAAGACGAUGUUCCAGACCAGCUCCUACUGGAAGCAGAUCUUCAUGGAGAUUGUUGGUGUGACCAGUGCAAUAUACGGUGUGGCCUUCUCACUGCUGGUAUGCGUGGUAGCCGUUGUUAUCUUCACAGCUCAUAUUGGCAUUCUACUCAUUGCUUUCUUAACCAUUGGAGGUGUAAUCUUAGUUGUCAUCAGCAUGUUUUAUCUUCUUGGAUGGGAGAUGGGUGCUGUAGAAGCCGUCUCUCUCUCUAUCCUAGUCGGGUCCUCGGUAGAUUACUGUAUUCAUCUCAUCGAAGGAUACUUAGUGGCAGGAGACAGGGUACCAGACAGCUCCAAAAAGACAGCAGCGGAGAUGCGGAAUUGGCGAAUCCGUCACUCGGUCAGCACCAUCGGCGUGUCAAUCCUGAGCAGUGCCAUCACAACCAUCAUCGCCUCAAUUCCUCUCUGUUUCACUACCAUCCAGAUCUUCGCCAAGUUCGGCAAGAUCGUCGCCAUGAACACGUUCGUCUCAAUCUUCUACACACUGACGGCGUGCACUGCGUUCCUGAGCAUCGCGGGACCAGCUAGGUAUCAAUGGAACCUCAAGUGGUUUGUGUUCAGCGCGUUGGUGCUCUGCGCGCUCAUCGGAGCUGUCGUCGCUGCAUUGUUUGUGCUCCACACGUCGGGGGUGUCUAUUCCAGGACCCUCUGGGAGUCCUCUCUUCUAAAAAAGGAAAAUGGAGUUCCUCUUCUUAACUUCUUAACUAUUUCAUCUGCGCCCAGUUUCAUCAAGCCUGUAAGUUUACAUGCUCUACUUAUUUAGCGAACUUUAGCUUGGCUACUUUUUCCUAAUCACUGCUCACUGUAAGCAAAAGACAUGCUAUCUAGGCAUAAACAUUCUUUCACAGCAAAAGAAAAGUUGAAGUUUUUCAUUUAUUUGUAUGCCCCGCUGGCGAAGCAAGCAAAAGGGGCAUUACACGUUGCUUUGUGUGUGUGUUUGUGUGUGCAAUUAUUGUCCGAGCGAUAACUCAAGAAGGACUUGGCAUAACAACUCCAAACUUAGUGUGUGAAUUGCUCUUGGGAGCCCUCAGAAGCCGAUUGUUUUUGGACUCCUUCAACAAAUAUCAAGUUCAUAAUGGCUACAACAAAAGAAAUAUUGUCUAAUUAUUGUCUCAGCCAUAAUCCAAGAAUGAGAUUAAUCUCUCCAGCUGUCGAUUUCACCAAACUCUUCCUAACUUAGGAUUAAUCUUAGGACUUAGAACGAGUAAAGUUCCGUAUUC